GAAAGCAAAUCGCCCGAGGAAAAGCGCGCGGCAGGGCAGGAGACGCCGAUCCCCCGUGUCCGUUGGCGAGCGAGACCGAGGCCCGACCAAACAACCGCCCCGCCUUUUUAGCCAGCCGGCCGUUCGUCGCCCCCGCUCUCCCCCCCACUCGCCCCACGUCUCCUCUGUCUCUCCGAUCGGCAGGAGGGAAAAGUGGACGGCUCCAGCGAAGCGAGCGCCACCGUCGCCUUCGCCUCGCCAUGGAGAGGUCUCUCGACAGCAGCUACUCCGCCUCCAUCAAGGACGUCACAUACAGCUGCGGGUACUGCGGCUACGCGCUGCACCUGAGCUCCUCGGCGCGGGACACGGCGGGCAUCGGCUCCAAGUACCGCAAGCAGAUCAAGAAGGGCGUGGUCGCCUUCGUCGCCGUCGACGAGAGCCGCUUCACGCUCACCGACGAGGUCACCUGCAUGCCCUACUUCCGCUCCAGGCGUGCCUGGGGCCUCCUCAGGAAGCGUUCGCGCCUGCUCUGCCGCAAGUGCGGCGGCCGCAUCGGCGACGCCUACGAGGAGGAGGACAGGGACUCCGGCCUCAGCGACGGCGACGCCUUCUCGGACGACCUGCGCGCGAGCUUGGGCUCCGGUGGCAGCGGCAGCAGCGCGUCGAGCCAGAGGAACUACGUGAUCAAGAUCAGCGCGCUGCAGCCGUCGUCAGACGAUUCUGACGCAGCUGCCUUCACACUAUGAUGAAGAUAGAUGGCGUCGGGUUGCUGCAAGGCGCUCUUCUUCCAGCUUGGUUGAAUUCGACUUUUGUGUUAUCAGGGAUGCGACUUUGUAAGCGCGGGAGGAAAUACAGCAAGAAAGAGCUUGGCACAGCUGAGAACUUUUCAGAUGGUAACCAACUGCAUGCUGUUUUCAGACAUCUUGCUGUCAGUAGUGCUCUUCGUUUCCUAUGUAAAUUUGUGAAAUGUACAGCUUGGUUAUUGAAUUUUUCUUUGUAUUAGGAAAUGAUUAGGUUUGCUGUAUGUUAGUUGAUCCCAUAGAAUUUGUACUGUGUCAUAACUCAUGAUCCACCACGGUUGCAAUUUUGAGUAGUCUUGCUUCACUUGCACA